CCUAAAAAAGGUGAAACUUUACAACUUCCCAUUAAAGCCAAGCCCAUCUCCAUUUUUGUUUUCAAGUUGAACCCAUUUGUCAUUUACUAACGGUGGUGAAGUAAAAGCUCUUCCAAUUGCACCAGUUUAGGGCUCACACAAAACAGAAACGCCAUUUGCGCGUUGGGGAAGAAAAAGUUUCUUGGGAGUCGAGAGAAUUUCUUAUAAAUCAGAGACAGAGAGCUCGUAGAAGCUAAUAGGAUUUGCUUCGCUGUUAAGGCUUGUGGUCACCCAAAUAGCAAGAUACAUUUUACCCUGUGGGAGUGUAAUUCUCAACUGUGAGAUUCAUGCAUGAUUAGGAAGAUGUCAACUGCACAGCCUUUAAAGAAAUUAGUGUCCUGUGUUAUCCUUGAUUUGGAUGGUACACUACUUAACACAGAUGGAAUUGUAAGUGAUGUUUUAAGAGUUUAUUUGGGCAAGUAUGGAAAGCAGUGGGAUGGACGGGAAAUUAAAAAAAUUGUUGGAAAAACACCACUUGAAGCUGCAAGUGCUGUUGUUGAAGAUUAUGAGCUAUCUUGUACAACGAGUGAAUUGCUUUCAGAGAUUACCCCCAUGUUCUCCAAUCAGUGGUGCAACAUCAAAGCACUUCCAGGUGCCAAUCGGUUAAUUAAACAUUUGAGUGGUCAUAGAGUGCCAAUGGCAUUGGCUUCAAACUCUCCAAGGGAAAACAUAGAAACCAAAAUUUCUUACCAUCAGGGCUGGAAGGAAUCCUUUUCUGUCAUCAUUGGUGGUGAUGAAGUAAGAUUGGGGAAGCCUUCUCCGGAAAUAUUCCUUGAAGUUGCUAAAAGGCUUAAUGUCGACCCUUCCAGCUGCCUUGUGAUUGAAGAUUCUCUACUAGGUGUUACAGCUGGAAGGGCUGCUGGUAUGGAGGUGGUUGCUGUACCCUCCAUCCCAAAGCAGCCCCACCUUUAUACUUUAGCGGAUGAGGUGAUCAACUCUCUACUUGAUUUGCGACCUGAAAAGUGGGGCCUACCUCCUUUCCAAGAUUGGAUAAAAGAUACUUUACCACUAGAACCUUGGCACAUUGGUGGUCCUGUCGUUAAGGGAUUCGGUCGGGGCUCAAAAGUACUUGGGAUCCCUACAGGUGUGUUGCUGUCGGCCUAUCCAGUUAGAAUCUUCAUUCAACUGUACAUGUCUUCUGAUGAAACAAUGCUAAUUUAUCCACAGAAGGAUAUGGAUCUCUUCUUUCAGAACAUCCCUCAGGAGUAUAUUUUGGUUGGGCUGGAUUAUCUAAACGAGGAGCCAUGGUUGCUUCAUAACUUUGAUGAGGAUUUCUAUGGGGAGGAACUGCGUCUUAUUAUAGUCGGCUACAUACGGCCAGAGGCCAAUUUCUCAUCCCUCCAGAGCUUGAUAGAGAAGAUUCAUCACGACAGAAAAGUUGCAGAGGAAGCUCUUGAUCUUCCAUUGUUCUCCAAAUACAAGGACGACCCAUAUCUUAAAAGUUCUACAUAAGGGUGUCCCAGGAAUUUCUUGAAGGUCCCCAACCCGGGAGGUGCCUACAACAUAAGUAAACCCCUCAACAACCCCAAGCCCGGUUAGUCGAAAUUGAAAGCCGGCAAGGGAAGGAGGCGGGGAAGCACUCCAAACCCGACAAUCUUAGACAGAAUAACCAAUGCAAGAACAUCUGCAACAAAGUUUGGUUUGUUUUCCUGAGAACAUGAUGAAGCCGGACUUCUUCAAGGAGAUUAGCAAAAAUGAAUGUCUCAAAGGAUAAACCGGAUCUGAAGUAUCAUUCAGCAGACAAUAUCAAUAACGAGAGUACCCCCCCAACCAAGAUUUUGGUCAAUAAACUAUUUCCUUCCACAUUCAUAAUACAGCAGAAUGUAGAGUUUUCAUUAAAAAAUAACAAAGGAGUUCCAUGCAUAUUAGAAAGAUAGAUUCGUCAUCAAUACUUUUAUGCAGAAAAACAGAUUUUCAGCAACGUACUUAUAUCAGAAUACCAAGUUUAAUACAGAAUUCUGGACUUAAAUACAAUAUAGUAGGCAUUCGAUUCAAUAUCCUAGGCUUAGAGUCAUUACCUUAUGCAAGUUUCAUGAAUUAUAUUUGUAACAGCAAACAUUGAAGCUUUAGCCUGCACCAUAUGAUUUAGUUUGUAAAGUUUGGAAGUAAUUAAAUGUGAUUCUUUAUUUU